AUGGUUUUAAACCAUGUCUCUUAUUUUGUAGUGAUCAGGGCAAAGGUGGUUGGCGUGAAAGCUGUGUCUGGUAACACCAACUAUGAUGUCAAACAGAUCGAGAUGUUCAAAGGUCCUAACCAGGAUAUCCACGUCAUCUCCACUGGAGGCCCGUGUCGCGCCUUUCUGGGAAUCAACAAGGAGUAUCUCUUCACAGGCAGGCUGAAUACUGAUGGAACAAUGCAUGUAAUAAUGUGUGACUUCAUUCAGCCCUGGUGGGCUUUGAGUGACACACAAAUGAGGAGGUUGUCUCUGCGCUACCAAAGCGGCUGUGAUUGCACGAUGUGUUAA